AUGACUGAACCAACCUUUAAGGUCGUUCCCGUUCACGCGGAGCAUCCGUCGAGCUACAAGCCACAGGGCUUGCAUCCCGUUCAUCUUGGCGACUCUUUUGCAGAUGGACGAUAUACCGUCACACACAAACUUGGCCACGGCAAAUCCUCGACAAUCUGGGUAGUCCACGACGCGCACGACGAUAGCUUGAAAUCGCUCAAAAUAAUAGCUGCCUGGAAAUCCGACACCGAGGUACAGGUUCUGCAACACUUAGAGGCCAAUUUCGACGAACAGGAGGAGGGCAGCCAACAUGUUGCGCGUAUGUUUGACGCCUUCAUCCACGAGGGCCCCAAUGGAAAACACCAAUGCAUUGUCGGCGAAAUACUCGGUCCAGACUUGGGAUCCUACGUUGGUGAUUACUGGGAGACAGAUUGUUUUCCGCCAGACAUGGUGCGACGCCUGUUUGGCCAAACUGCAUUGGGUGUCCGAUAUUUGCAUCAACGAGGUGUUGUCCACGGCGAUCUUCACCAAGGGAAUGUCCUCCUGCGUCUGCCCAUGGAUUGGGGCUCCCUUGAGAAAGAGCUCGACAAACCCGAAAAAUACGACUAUGGCCCCGACUCGCACUCACCGCAUCGGCCCAAAUACCUCGUUUCUGGGAUUGGCGACAAUUACAAAUUGCUCAGACUAUGUCUCCAGCAACCAUAUAUCAAAAUUACCGAUUUCAGCGAGUCCAUCAUCCCCGCCCUACCCGAUCCACCACUCAUUGCCUCCCCUUUGGUACUCCGUCCACCGGAGGCGCUCCUUGGUUUUCUGAAGCAUGCGACGAUCCAGAGUGACAUUUGGGCGCUUGCCGUUCUCUGUCAUAUGUUAUUCUGCAAUGGUUUGAGUCUAUUUCACUACGGUGACAUGAUGCUUCAUGACAUCGUCCUCAACCUCGGGAAAUUCCCUGAGCCAUGGUGGUCGAGUUGGGCUGGGCAUAAAGACUUCGACGAGGACGGCCGGGCGAUCAGGGGUCCUACGAAGUCGAUUUUCCUCAAGUUCAAAUCCAGCAUUCUGCGGGAUGCAGAGGAGGGCAAGGCGUUGAAGGAGAUGCUACGGGCUAUGGUGCGCUACGAUGCGACAAGUCGGAUUACCGCUGAGCAAGUGCUCGCGAGCGAAUGGGUGCAGACAUAUUGUCGUCCGCAGAUGAAGGCCGAGGUUAAAUUUGUGGUGGAGAAUAUUGACGGUGGAGAUUAA